AUGGGAAGUCUGGAAGUGGAAUCCACCAAAAACCAUCACGGUGUGAUGCCGCACCCUCCAGCCCCACAGGACCAGUCCAGGGAGCCGAACAACUUCUCCCAACUCCAGGUUGAUUACGUCAUCGUCUUCUCCCUAUCGCCGCUCCCCCAUCAGCCCAAACUCAGGAAACAGGCCAUCGACGACCGGGCGAGGCAUAGGACCCAGCUCCUCGAGGACCGGCUGGGAUCCAAAGCUUCAAACAAACUGCUCAUCCUUGUCACCGCCUAUAACGAGACCAGGAUCAAGGAAGAGAUCCAGGCAGAGAGGAUUGCCGAUUGGUUGCACGGGAUCACCUGUGUCAAGCCUGAAUCAGAUCUGGCCUCCAGCUUCAUCUCUCAGCCACACAUGCCCGCCGACCAACUGCACCAUCUAUGCAACAUCAUCACCCGGGAUGUCAAGCCAACCAAGAACAAAUCACCCAUCACAGCCCAUCCCCACCGCCUGCUCGUCGGUGUCGCCGCCGGGAUCAUCCCACGACAGGCCCCCUUUGAGCACGUCUGCUCCAUCUUCCCCCCGCACGACGUCGGCUUCAACAAGACCUGGCUGUCCCAAUGGAGCGACCGCUCCCAUCUGACCAUCCAAAUCCCCGAGAUCGAGCUGGACAGGAUCAAGGAGAUCUACGGCGAAUUGAUUGGCUACUACUUUGCCUUCCUCAACUUCUACUUCCAGGCACUCGUCUUCCCCACCCUCUUGGGCCUCCUCUUCUGGGCUACCGGCAUGGCCUACUCGUCCAUCUACUCCGUCAGCCUCGCUCUCUGGUCCAUCAUCAUUGUCGAGAUGUGGAAAGUUAAGGAGAAGCUCCUCGCCAUCAAAUGGAACGCUUUCAACUGCCACAAAGUCAAAAAGAACAGACUCGGCACGACGACAGAGUUCCGCAGGCGUCCAUCUUUGAGUGCGCCCUGUUACUUCUUGAUUCAUUUGCGCUCUUCUUCCCUGGCCACCCUGCCAGUCGAUUGA